CUCAUACUAUUGCAACUACAGCCUCAUGGCGGAACUAAACGAAACAUCUUCCUCCUUCUCUUCUGCCUCUUCAUCUGGAUCUUCCAAUUACGAUGUGUUUCUCAACUUCAGGGGUGAAGAUACUCGCAAAAACUUCACUGGUUUCCUUCACUACGCUCUGAAGAACAAAGGAAUCAAUGUUUUUAUUGAUAAUGAAGAAUUGUGGACUGGAGAAGCCAUUGGCCCAACUCUCCUUAGAGCCAUCCAGGGCUCCAAAAUCUCGAUCCCUCUCUUCUCCAAAGGCUACGCUACAAGUAAAUGGUGCCUCCUUGAACUUUCUAAGAUAAUUCAUUGCCACCAAUCCCAAGGUCAAAUGGUCCUCCCGGUAUUUCUCGAUGUUGAGCCAUCGCAUGUUCGGAAUCAGACUGGAAGUUUUGAGGGACCAUUUCAGGAACAUGAGAAGAAUUUUUCUUCUCAGCCCCAAAUCGUAGAGGAUUGGAGGAAAGCUUUGAGAGUGGUAGGGGAACUGAAGGGAUUUGUUCUCAAGGACGACGCAAAUGGGGAUCAAGCAAAGUUAGUUGAAUUAAUUGUUAAAAGGGCUCUAAGUGACUUGGUCAGUAACACAUACUUGGCUGAAUGUAAAUACUCUAUUGGAAUGGAUUCCCGUGUAAAUCAUUUAUUAGAUUUACUAAAUGUUGGCUCUGAGAACAUUCAACUUGUGGGAAUCUGUGGUUUCGGUGGCAUUGGGAAGACAACUCUUGCGAAGGCUGUGUACAAUCACAUCCUUCCAAACUUCGAUAAAUAUAGUUUUCUUUCAGAUGUUAGAGAACAAGCAACACAAUGCAUGGGUCUUGUGUCUUUGCAAAAACGACUUCUUAAAGAUAUCUUCAAAGCAGACAUUGACAUAGCUGAUUAUCAUAGUGGGAAAAGAAUUAUACACCAAAGACUUUGUAAAGAAAAAGUUCUUGUUGUUCUUGACGACGUGGACAAUAGAGAACAAGUAGAUGCUUUGGCUGGUGAACUCAAUUGGUUUGGUCAAGGAAGUAGGCUCAUAAUAACAACCAGAGAUGAGCAUAUUCUGGAUGUGGCUAAAGUCGAUAAAGAUAAAAUAUACAAGCUUCAAGUGCUAGAUCGUAAGCAAUCUCUUCAACUAUUUAGUUUGCAUGCCUUUUCAACGGACCAACCUCUUGAAGAUUAUAUACAACUUUCACAUGGUCUGGCAUGCUAUUCUGGAGGGGUGCCUUUGACUCUAGAGGUUUUAGGGUCUUCCCUAUCCGGCAUAUACUGUAAAGAAGUGUGGGAAAGUACAUUACAAAGAUUGAAAGAAAUUCCUCAUGGAGAUGUCCAGAGAAGGUUGAGGAUAAGCUAUGAUAGUCUAGAAGACUAUUGUCAGAAAGCCAUAUUUCUUGAUGCAGCAUGCUUUUUCAUUGGAUGGGAGAAAGAAACUGUAAUUUCUUUUUGGGAAGCUUGUGGUUUUUAUCCAAAAUCAGCAAUAGACAUAUUAAUCAAAAGAUCCCUUCUAAAGUUUAAAGAAUAUAAUAAUGGGGAAUACUACUUGAAGAUGCAUGAUCAAAUUCGAGACAUGGGAAGGAAAAUUGUCUUAGAAGAAAGUCAUAUGGAGCCGGGGAAACGUAGUAGGUUAUGGUCUCAUGACGACGUCUUAAAAGUUUUAGAAAGACACAAGGUAAGACCUAAUUAUCUAACAUACUUCACCGGAGACUUUUCGCGCCUUCCUUCUGCAAUAAGAUUGUUGGAGUGUAAUAUUUCAAAUUGUCUACUAAUCAAUUUUUAUCAUAAGAGAUUAGUUAUUCUCGACCUAUCAUAUCCAAAUGCCAUUAUUGAACAAGCUUGGAAUAUCGAGCCACAAGAUGAAAAUAAGUUCCAAAAUUUGAAAGUUCUCAAACUUAGCGGCUGGCGAUAUCUAUCUAGGUGCCCUAAUUUUUCAUGGUUUCCUCACUUGGAGCGAUUAGAUCUUCGAGAUUGCAAUUCCUUGGAUAAGUUAGAUGAGUCCAUCAGGCAGUUGAGUAAGCUCAAAACUCUUAUCCUCAGUAAUUGCUCAUCACUCAAGAAGUUUCCUGAGUCCAUUGGAGAUCUAAAAUGUCUAGUCAAGCUUGACUUGUGUGGAACACAAAUAGAAGAACUGUCAAUCAGCAUUUCUAGGCUGAGUUCUCUAAAAGAGCUUAUUCUCAAGCAAUGCUCAUCACUCAAGAAGUUGCCUGAGUCCAUUGGUGAUCUAAAAUAUGUGGUCAAGCUUAACUUGGCAUCAACAGCAAUAGAAGAACUCCCAAACAGCAUUUCCAAGCUGAGUUCUCUCAAAGAGCUUAUUCUCUACGAGUGCUCAUCCCUCAAGAAGUUGCCUGAGUCCAUUGGUGAUCUAAAAUGUCUAGUCAAGCUUGACUUGUCUGAAACACAAAUAGAAAAACUCCCAAACAGCAUUUCAAAGCUGAGUUCUCUCAAAGAGCUUAUUCUCUACGAGUGCUCAUCACUCAAGAAGUUGCCUCAGUCUAUUGGUGAUAUGAAAUGUCUAGUUCAGCUUAACUUGUGGAGGACAGAAAUAGAAGAACUCCCAAACAGCAUUUCCAAUCUGAGUUCUCUCAAAGAGCUUAUUCUCUGCGAGUGCUCAUCACUCGAGAAGUUGCCUGAGUCCAUUGGUGAUCUAAAAUGUCUAGUCAAGCUUGACUUGUCUGAAACACAAAUAGAAGAACUCCCAAACAACAUUUCCAAGCUGAGUUCUCUCAAAGAGCUUAUUCUCAGUAGGUGUUCACCACUCAAGAAGUUGCCGGAGUCUAUUGGCGAUAUGAAAUGUCUAGUUAAGCUUGACUUGCAGAGUACGGUAAUAGAAGAACUCCCAAACAGCAUUUCCAAGCUGAGCUCUCUCAAAGAGCUUAUUCUCUGCGGGUGCUCAUCACUCGAGAAGUUGCCUGAGUCCAUUGGUGAUCUAAAAUGUCUAGUCAAGCUUGACUUGUCUGAAACACAAAUAGAAGAACUCCCAAACAACAUUUCCAAGCUGAGUUCUCUCAAAGAGCUUAUUCUCAGUAGGUGCUCACUACUCAAGAAGUUGCCUGAGUCUAUUGGUGAUAUGAAAUGUCUAGUUAAGCUUGAAUUGCAGAGUACAGUAAUAGAAGAACUCCCAAACAGCAUUUCCAAGCUGAGUUCUCUCAAAGAGCUUAUUCUCAGUUGGUGCUCAUCACUCAAGAAGUUGCCUAAGUCUAUUGGUGAUAUGAAAUGUCUAGUUGAGCUUGACUUGUAUAAAACAAAAAUAAGAGAACUCCCAAGCAGCGUUUCCAAGUUGAGUUCUCUCAAAGAGCUUAUUCUCAGGCGGUGCUCAUCACUCAAGAAGUUACCUGAGUCUAUUGGUGAUAUAAAAUGUCUAGUUAAGCUUGACUUGUAUGAAACAAAAAUAGAAGAACUCCCAAACAGCAUUUCCAAGCUGAGUUCUCUCAAAGAGCUUAUUCUCUGCAGGUGCUCAUCACUCGAGAAGUUGCCUGAGUCCAUUGGUGAACUAAAAUGUCUAGUCAAGCUUGACUUGUAUGAAACAAAAAUAGAAGAACUCCCAAACAGCAUUUCCAAGCUGAGUUCUCUCAAAGAGCUUAUUCUCUACGGGUGCUCAUCACUCGAGAAGUUGCCUGAGUCCAUUGGUGAUCUAAAAUGUCUAGUCAAGCUUGACUUGUCUGAAACACAAAUAGAAGAACUUCCAAACAGCAUUUCCAAGCUGAGUUCUCUCAAAGAGCUUAUCCUCAGGUGCUCAUCACUUAAGAAGUUGCCUGAGUCUAUUGGUGAUCUUAAAUGUCUAGUCAAGCUUGACUUGCGUGAGACUCAAAUAGAAGAACUCCCACACACCAUCGUCGAACUGAGUUCUCUCGAAGACCUUAUUCUCAUAAAGUGUAAAUCCCUGAAGAAGUUGCUGCCAGAGUCCAUCGGUGAUCUAAAAUCUCUAGUGAAACUUCAAUUGUCUCUGAGUACAAAAUUAGAAGGACUCCCAAAGCUUCCCUCGAGUUUAGUUGAACUGCAUUGUCAAAAAUGCAAUUCAUUGGUAGGACUACCGGAUUUUUCAAGGCUGAAAAAUUUGAGUAUAUUAAAUCUUGCGGGUUGCAAAAAGCUGGAGGAGAUUGGAGGCCUUGAGAGAACAGAAUCUUUACGAUACUUAGAUGUGAGAGGAUGCUAUAAUAUGAUGACACGUAUGCAAGGGAAGAAGAUACAUGGCCAGGGAACACUUUUACGGAACAUGUCGCUGCAGAGACAUUGUAGUUAUUCCUUGACUGCUGGUAAUGAUGGGAAUAAUAAGGGGUUAAUUUUGUGCCUUGUUUUGGAAUUCAUCUCCAAUCUGAAAUUGAAACAUGGUGGUGGUCACCUAGUAGUAUCCAUUGAUUUAGAUAUUUAUAGUCAGAUCUACCAAAGAGAUAAAACAACCUUGUCGUGUUGUCAUACGCUGGGAAUUGAGUAUAAUACUACUACUACUGAAGGAGAAGGAGAUAUAAUAUACAUCCACCAUUUCAAAGGCUUUGACUGGUUUGGGAUUCCGUUGCAAGGAAAAGAUGAGAUUGAGAUUAAUUCUAUUUGGCAAUCCACGGCAUUUUGUGGGCUAGAUGAUGGGGUUGUGUGUCGGGUAAAAUUCUGGAAGCUUUUGUUCGAGAAUAAGGAAACUUACCCCCAGAUGGUAGCAGAUUUCUUCAAAUGGUCACAUUUUGAUGAUGAUGGUGGUGUAGUAGUAGUACCUUCUCUUAGCAGUCUGGGGUUAACUUGUUGGUCACGAGCUGAGGCUGAAGGAUCAAAUUCUGUUCCCAAGGAAAAAGAAGAAGAAGCUGAAGGAUCAAAUUCUGUUGUUGAAGGAUCAAAUUCUGUUCCCAAGGAAGAAGAAGAAGAAGCUGAAGGAUCUGAAGGAUCAAAUUCUGUUGUUGAAGGAUCAAAUUCUGUUCCCAAGGAAGAAGAGAAGCUGAAGGAUCUGAAGGAUCAAAUUCUGUUGUUGAAGGAUCAAAUUCUGUUCCCAAGGAAGAAGAAGAAGAAGCUGAAGGAUAUACUACUGGCAUUCUUGUUCUUUCCCAACAACAAUUAUGAGGCAGCUGGUUCAGGGUUAUGCAAUUGCUUUCUCGCAGUGAAAGCUGUUUGGAUUGUUCCUGCAACUGUUUCAGUACAGGAUUUUUUGUAA